AUGAGUAAGAGUGAGUUUGGGAGUGAUGGCAGCAUUUCUGCUGUGCGUGGGGCCAGUGGUGGCAAUGACGAGCCGCCUAAGGGAGGUGCAAUUCCCACUGUGAAGAUGGUUAGAUCCAGGGCCCAAAUCCAGGAUAUUGUACCCUGUUGUGUAAACCAGCUGCUGACCUCCACUCUGGCCGACAAUGUGUUCAAGAUUAGGGGAAUUGAGGUUUCCCAGGUCUCCAUCGUGGGGAUAAUCAGGCAGGCAGAGAGGGUUCCAAACUCCAUUCUUUACAAAAUUGAUGAUAUGACCACGAAGCCAAUCGAGGCCCGGCAGUGGCUUGGCAGAGAUAAAUCCAAGCAGCUGACUCCACUGCCCCUCGGAGUAUAUGCCAAAGUGUUCGGUGUCCUCAAAUGUUCUGCGGAGGGAGUAAAGAGUCUCGAGGUGUUGAAAAUCCGCGCCCUGGAGGACAUGAACGAGUUCACCGCGCAUAUUCUGGAAACGGUCAAUGCGCACAUGAUACUGGAUAAAGCUCGCCAAGCGACUGCUGGGGAAAGUUCUCCUGUGGCCCAACCAGCAAUAGGUGACGCCAAGGAUCACAAAGAAGGUCACCUCAGCUACAUCCAGGAGGAGGUGCUGCGUUUGAUUCACGAGUGUCCGCAACAGGAAGGGAAGAGCGUUUGUGAGCUCCAAGCUCAGCUCUGCGGCCUGAGUGCCGAGGCCAUCAUACAAGCCGUUGAGUAUCUGACCGUCGAGGGCCAUAUCUAUCCCACUAUGGAUCAGGCGCAUUUUAAAUCUGCGGAUUGA